AGCAACAAAAUAACUUUUAAAAAAGUUUUAUCCGCACCAGCAUCAGUCUGUCUCCCUCUUCUCUCUUCAUUUCCACUACUGAGAGAACUUAGCAAAGGAGACGCCAUGGAAAGGCUUCUACAACCUCCGUCUUUUCGCACAGUUUCUCCCUCAAAAUCCCAACCGAGGGCAUCUCCGUUGCUCCUCCGUGUCCACCGUCUCGAAUCGCCCAGUUUUAGCUUUCCCUCCUCGCGCCGAUCCUUGUCUCGCCGAGUCAGCUCCGUUUCUUGCCUCUUCCGCCACAAUCCUCCGCCGAAUACUUCUCCAGGACUAAAUCAGACUAGCAAUUUCUUGUCCGAGUCUCCUUCGUCUCCUGAAGCCGAUUCGUCGAAACCUAAUCCAGGAUUUCUCGAACGGAUCGUGAAGGGGAAUUUUGAGCAGCGAAAGACCAUAUCGGCUGGAACAAUCAUACUAGUCUCUGCUGUAUCUCUGCUCUUACUUAACCCGAUACUUGCUCCACCUGCUUUCGCUAGCUUUCAAGCCGCAGCUAAAUCCAGCGGCGCUGCUGUUGGCGGAAAACUCCUCCGUACCGAGAUACUGACCAGUGCCUGGACUGGUUUCUUUGCUGGUUGCUUACACACUCUGUCUGGACCCGACCACCUCGCUGCUUUGGCUCCUCUCUCGAUCGGACGGACGAGAAUGGAGAGUGCUGCGGUUGGAGCACUCUGGGGAUGUGGCCACGACGCUGGUCAACUCAUCUUUGGUCUAGCAUUUCUCCUUCUAAAGGACAGACUUCACAUCGAAGUCAUAAGAACUUGGGGUACGAGAGUCGUCGGCUUGACGCUCCUCGUGAUUGGCGCUAUGGGGAUCAAGGAAGCUUCCGAAAUCCCGGAGCCGUGUGUGGUUGCCUUGGAGAAUGGUGAGACAACAGAUGGGGAGAAAAGCUCGAAGAAGAAGAAGAUAGGGUUCGCGACAUUCGCGACCGGGAUCGUUCAUGGGCUGCAACCUGAUGCUCUGAUGAUGGUGUUGCCUGCGCUCGCUCUUCCUUCUCGGGUAGCCGGAGCUGCGUUUCUGAUCAUGUUCUUGGUCGGGACGGUGAUUGCGAUGGGAAGCUACACGGUGUUUAUAGGGUCAUGUAGCGAGGCGUUGAAGGAGAAGGUUCCUAGGAUCACAGAGAAGCUAACGUGGGCGUCUUCUCUUGUGGCCAUUGGACUGGGAUUGGCAAUUAUUGUUAGCCAGUUCUUUGGAUUCAGCUUGUAUUGAGACAAAACAUCUGCAAAGUCUUUGUAGCUCUAGAAGGAUUUUUUUUUUUUUUUUUGCAUGUACCAACAAAAUUUGUAUCCUUGCUUCAGAAUCUCUUAUUUGAUUCCUAUAUGAAUCCUUAAUUAUAACCGAAUUACCCAAA